UCAUUACACUUGACACAAAACUUGCAAGUCUAAUCCUUAAGAAUAAAACAAUUGAAAAAAACUUUGGCAGUCUAACGAGUUUCCGUGCCUCCAAGAUGAAAAAAAAUGAGCUGAGCCCAGGGAACCCGUCAGUACCGCGUCGAGCGUCGUGCGAGGCAGACGUAGAGCGUGUUGCAGUAUUUUCCGAGUGGUCCGAUAUAGUGGACGGUGGUGGUGAAGUGGAGUGUUGUGUUAUGUGUGUGAAUGUGUAAAACGGGGAGAAAGCCGGCACUGCGCGAGGCCAGCGUCGCGUGAUGGCGCAUGGAUUGCGCAUGGAGCUGGUGGGCGACGCUGGUGCUGGCGUCCCUGGUCGCGGCGGGGCCUCGCUACAGCUCACGCAUCGUGCACACUCACGCAGGCGCCAUCCGCGGCAUCAUCGUGGAGCCUGCCUCGCGGCGCCUGGAGCCCGUGGAAGUGUUCCGUGGGGUGCCAUACGCGGGGGCACCACUACGAAUGGCUCCCCCGCCGCUGGCGCCCGCCUGGCCUGGCACCCGGCUCGCCGACGCUUUCGCGCCCGUCUGUCCGCAGCGCGCGCCCGACAUAUCCAACAAGACCGCAGCGCUAUCAAAGAUGCCGCUAGGCACAUACAACGAACUGAAGGCCACGCUGCCGCUGCUAGCCAACCAGAGCGAAGACUGCCUCUACCUCAACAUCUAUGUGCCCGGUAGCGGCGCGCGUGGCGUGGAGGCGCCAUACGCUGUGGUGGUGUGGGUUGGAGCCCCGUCCCACGAGUGGGGCUCGCCCAACACGCUGGACGGGUCUGUGCUGGCCGCGCGGGCGCAUCUACUCGUCGUUACUGUCAACUAUAGGAUAGGACUAUUAGGUUAUUUAACUACGGGGUCUUCAGACGAGGUACACCGAGCGGGCGGUGCGGCGUUGCUCGACGUUGCGGCAGCGUUGCAAUGGGUCCGGCGGAACGUUGCUGCGUUCGGGGGAGACCCGAAGAGGGUCACGUUAACUGGUCAUUCGGCGGGCGCUGCGUUGGCUAAUGCAUUACUCAUGUUACCAGACACUAAGGGGUUAAUAUCCCGAGUGCUGCUACUGAGUGGUUCAGCGUUAAGUCCGGCAGCGCUGGCUCCGGACGCAUCACUAGCCAGAGAACAUACAGCGCAAGCGCUCCGAUGUGUUCCUGAGGAGUCCUCUACAGAACACUGGCUGGUAACCUGCAUCCGCGCUCGUCCCCUCGCUGCGCUCCUAGCAGUCGAGGCCCCACGCGCCCGCUUCCUCGCCGGCUGGGCCCCCUCAGUCCCCUCUAAAGACGGCAACCAGGCACCCACUAGGGCCCUACACGCUAGUGAUGCGUUCUUGGACUGCGCGCUGGCGGUGGUGGUGUCGACUACUGAGAGCUAUCAGUUUUUUAGUGAAGAUGAUAUAAGGCAUGGAUUUGAGGAGGAUCAUAGAAACCGAAUCCUCCGCACCUACGUCCGCAACGUCUACCGCUAUCAUCGCAAUGAGAUCUUCGCCGCCAUCCGUAACGAAUACACAGAUUGGGAGAAGCCUAUACAGCAUCCAAUCAACAUUAGAGACGCUACGUUGGAAUCUCUAAGCGAUGCCGCAGUUGCUGCUCCGGCGUUAAGGGUAGCACAGUUGCACGCAAGAAGAGGGGCAAGGACAUUCUUUGCGCAUUUUACGCAUCAGAGUAAAGAUGCUGAGUAUCCACAGCGCCUUGGCAGCACAAGCAGCGAAACCCUCCCAUACUUCCUCGGUCUCCCCCUUGUCGGUGGGAUGCCAUAUUCCCCCCGAAACUACUCCCGGGGAGACGUAGGAGUAUCAGAGUCCGCUGUGGCGUUACUGGCGGCUUUUGCAAAGACAGGGGAUCCGACGCCGAGUGAUCAUCAUGAGGGGGCAGUGUCCUGGCCGAGAUAUGAGCUGAAUUCGCAGCAGUAUUUGAGUAUAAGUACAAAACUCCGUGUAAAAAGCCACUACAGAGGCCACAAAAUGGCGCUUUGGCUUCAUCUUAUCCCGCAGCUUCACAGGCCAGGCGCGGCUCCACGACAUCAUCAGUUCCGCUCCAUACAUCCUGAUAUGUUCGCCGGCGAAAUCUUUCCCGAACUGUACACAACAGCAGCCCUAGACGAUGAAGACAGCACAGAGGCCGAAGAGACUCCAGAGGCCGAAUGCGAGCCUUCACCCUCACCGAGGCCGGCGCUGUCAUUACCUUCGCCGCAACCCACGCCGAAAGAAGACUCGUUAACUACCAUGGACACGCAUUAUUAUAGCUACACAGUGGCACUCGGUGUGACCGUGGGCGCCGGCUGUUUCCUCCUGGCCUUGAACGUUCUAGUAUUUGCUGGGAUCUACCUGCAGAGAGGCCGACGGAGAGCCACGAGGAGGCCUAGGAGAGAAGGAAGCUGCAGCAGCCGCGCCGCCACGGGGUCCCUCAACAGCGACCCCACCGCUCCGUCCCCGAGGAAAAGCACCCUCAAGCGCAGCAGCGAAACCGAACUGAAGGAGCGUCCGGGCGCCGCGCCGGCAAAAAAGCGCGUCCAAAUCCAGGAGAUCUCAGUCUAGAAGAAUUCUAAAAAUAUCCAGAUAUUCCCUUAAGAGUCCGGGCGCUUUACCGGAAAAAAUAGCGUCCAAAUCCAGGAAAUCUCAAUCUAGAAGAAUCCAGAACUUACCUUGAAGCUUUCCUGGAAGGUCCUGCAGCCGCACCGGACCUCAAAAGCUAUCAAUCUAGAAGUCUUUUAGAAGGAUAAAGGAGCCUUUCUGAAGGUCCAGGAAAGCUACGUCUUGAAUAUUUUACGAACGAUCACAAACUUUUGAAGUGAAAAGUUAAGCUGUUAAGGCAUUUGUGGACUACAAUUUUAAAAGGUACUGUGACGUUCAAACAAUUUUAAAAAGUGAGUAAUUACAUUAUUAAUAAUUCAUAAAAAUGCGUGCACAUCAAGAAAUUAUAGUGUGGAGGUGCAAUACUGACAUUUAAUGGACUAAAUCUAACUUAGAUGAUUAACCUAGAUUGGGCAAGUACUUUACGUUAGUAUUGAUACUGUGUAUGUAUGUAUGUAUUCUUGGCUACCGUAAAACCUCCCAACUAUAAUUCAAGAGCUCCUGACUAUGGUCUAAAAUGAACUCGGAUAUCUUCGUUUAAAUGUGACUAUUAUUUUAUACAACGCAGUUCCAAGGAAAAAUAUGUUCAUACAUGGAAGAAAAAUUCAGGACAAAUUAAAAUCAAAAAUAUUUGUACUGAUACUUGAUUAGGUAUGACACUUGUGGAUCAUAGUUGUAGGUUGAAUUGGACUCGUGUUGGGUGGCUUUACGAUAUUUUGUUUUCUAGGAUUAAUUCCUAGGUACUAACGAACAAUUUGUUUACGUAGAUUGUUUGCCAAACGAAUGGAAUAAAAUGGAAUCAAAAUGAAUAUAAAAACACAUAGAAAGUUACUUUUAAAAACAACAAACAAGCUUUUCUUCAUGUUUCAGACGAUGCUAUAUUGUUCUAGAACGGGAAAAACAAAUAUCGAAUUUUUGUAGAAAAAUCAUAUUUGCAGGUACAAUACACGUGCGAUGUUUCUUUUUUUCUUAUAUGUUAUUGAAUUGCGAUUGUUAGAGAAUUCCUCGCAGAGUAUCUUGCUCGCCAAUAGUUAUGUAAGUACCAGUGAGAAGCACGGUCUAGUACUUUUAAAUUAAGAUCAAAAUGAUAUUAUUAUUAAUUCCUGCCCUAAAUAUAAUAAUCAUCAAUAGGUAUAUACCGAUCAAUAUACACAUCGAUUAUAAUUAUAUCCUUAAAGAUAUAAAUACAAAGUUUAAAAACUUAAGGACAAGGAUAUAACACGUAGAACUUUGAAAUACGUGUCAAAAAUAACUCAACCUACGGAGCGCAGUUGGUUAAAAAGCACUUCUAAAACAGAAGAUUUAGCCUGCGAAUGUAAUAGAGAGGAAGUUUUGAUGAAUAUUCCAGAUAAUCGCUUGAGCUGACCAAACUCUGACACGGAACUUCUAAAUGCUUUUCUAAAAUAUACCUUAUCUAACACAACUUUAAGUCUAUAUUUGAAUGUGAAAAAAAAAUAUUUUUAAAGUCCUUGACAGACGUAACCUAAUUUUGAAAAUGUGAGGGUAGUAAGAGAUAAAAGUGUCCAAGUGUUGGAGUGAAAUGAAAUUGUGAAGUGAGAUGGAAGCGGUGUGCUGAUAUUGCUCGGCGAGCGCAGGUGGACGGUCCGUUACUCUCUGUACAGUCCGAUACGAACAGUAGGACCAAGUCGUGUCAAUCGUUAAUCGUUAACGUCAUACAGCAAUGGAAAUAAAUUACGCAAUUAAUCCUAUGAAUUUUCGUGUGGAUCUAUGAU